AUGAAGGAAGGCAGACGUGCGAUUCUGAGCUCGCGAGUUAUUGGACUUGUACUUAUUUUGUGUCUUGUUCAUACCUUGAGGAAAGAUAAACAAGAUUAUUCUUUUACCAGCGAGUACUUUGGUCUAUGUUUCCCGCAUUCCUCGUCGGUUAAAGAGGUAAACUGGGAUACGAGACACUGUACAAAAUGGCGGACACACGUGCAUGUCACUAUCAGUAUGAGAGUGAAACGAGCAAGCGCUACUACAGCCUACUACGCCAACUCAACCUCUACCUUUAGACCUGUUAUACAACUGCUACAUGAUGUGGAACUUAACCCUGGACCUGCAAACUGCUCUAGUGGAGACAAGUCAGAAAAGUCAAAUGGCAAUGUUAAAAUCGCACAUCUUAAUGUUCGCUCGCUCAAAUGCCGUGAGCAUUUCGUUCUUGUAAAGAAUGCGGUACUGGAAAAUAAGUUUGAUAUAUUUACCGUAUCCGAAACAUGGCUCAACAGUUCAGUUACGGAUUUGGAGAUAGAAAUCCCUGGC